AGCAGCAGCUGCAUCUCGUAGGAGGAGGCGGAGCAUUCCGUGUUUCCACACUGCACGGCGCUGCGCCUCUUCGCCUGCGCGCUUUCUCUCUCUCUCCCCAUCCUCCUGCGCUCGCUUUUGGCUGAGCUACUGUUCCCAGCCUCUGCGCUCGUUCUGCCAUCGCAAAGAAGCGCCUGCCCCCUUCUUCAGGAUGGUGAUCAAAGUCUACAUCGCUUCUUCAUCGGGUUCCACAGCGAUUAAAAAGCAACAGCAGGAUGUGUGUGGCUUUUUGGAAGUCAACAAGAUAGAGUUCGAGGAGAAGGACAUCGCGGCCAAUGAAGAGAAUCGCAAAUGGAUGCGGGAGAACAUCCCCGAAAACUGCCGGCCAACCAGUGGGAAUCCUUUGCCACCACGAAUCUUUAAUGACAGCCGGUACCUUGGGAACUAUGAAGAUUUCUUUGAAGCUAGAGAGAAUAAUGCGGUAUACGCCUUUUUAGGCUUGACUGCCCCACCUGGUUCCAAGGAGGCAGAAGCCUUGGCGAAGCAAGAAGCAUGAAUAUUUUCCCCUGUGCCUGAAGCCUUAAAUGUUCUGCGAAGGGAAGUUUCAACAGCUUUUUGAUACGAUAGCAAAAUUAUCUAUGCUUCAAGAAUUCCGCCCCACCCCCACCCCCUGUGCUGAUUGCUGCACACUGCAUCCCACUAUACAUGAAUAUAAAAUGGAAAAUGCCAAGUGAAAACUCAAACUUGCCAUGAAGACAAAGGAUGUCAUUAAAGGAAGUGUUUAGAAAUCAUAAAUCCCCCCCCCCACUUGUUCACCCAAGUGG